AUGCAGGACAAGCUUCUGCAAGUAGCAAGCAGGAGCAACGCGAUCUACGCGCGACAGCAGGGCGUCGCGGGCACCCGAGCCAAGCAGCACCCUGUGAAGAAGCUGGCGGAUCAGCUCAAGGACGAGAUCAGCGACAACGAUGAGGACGUGGCCUACGUCAUGCCCGAGCACGUCGAGGAGCGACCGCAUAAGUCGGCGAGGGAGAUCAGGAAGGAAGAGAUCUCCUCCGACGAGCGACACGCAGAGCGAGUGCUGCCCGAGCAUGCGGUCGAAGGCAAGCAUAUGUCAAGAGCAGCGAUGCGGCAGCAGGAGAUCAGCGAGGACGAGCGCAGAGCUGAUGCCGUUCUGCCUGAGCAUAAUGUGGAGCGAAAGUUGAGCUUGAAGGAAUCUCAGAUCGCCAAGAAGGAGGAGGACGACAACCAGAAGUCAGCUGAAGCUGUGGUUCUUCGAGGAGGAAUGCAAGGGAUUUUAGAUGCUGAGCGUCUCCAACUCAAGAGGAAAGACGAGAGAUUCCAUCAUCUGGUGGAGCAGGAGAGAGAAGUUCGCACCUCCCCCCUCCUCGUGGUGGAGCGGAAGCACCCGAAAGUCACCAAGGUUGAGAAGGAGCUGAAGGAGCAGCAGCCCAGGAUCUCCAACGUGCCCAUGGUGAAGGAUGCGUCGCAGAAGCUGCGAGAUGCUCAGAGCAUCAGGCUGCCUGCUCGUCAACCUGCUCGUCAACCAGCAGCUGCUCGUGUGCAGCCCAAGACCGAAGGACCGGCGAAGGUGACGGCAACUCAGCCGGCAGCUGACCACGAGGACAAGAGCGCUCGCAUUGCGAAGAUGCUUCAAGGUGGCCGGAGCUUUGAAAACAAAAUUCAUGCAAAAGCUUAAGGCAUAGGCAGUCACGCCUGGCCGUCACAAAGUAAAUCAGAAGAGGAAG